GACGUUCUAUUCAUAAAUAUUCUAUUCCUAUUCCUCUAUAAUUAACAAAGUGAUUAUUUACGAGAAAAAAUGUUUUCAUUUUUCACCAAAAAGGCACAGAAUCCAGACUCCCCAGUUAUAAUCCAAGGUCCAUCAACAACAAAUGACUCGCAGAGCAACGGCGCAGAUGAUUUCAUUUUUGUAGAGAAAAAAAGCGAUGGCCCAGAGCAGCCAACACCACCUCAGCAUCCCAUGUAUCCACAAAUACCACCGUCUGCAGGAGCAUAUGGGUCUCCAUAUCCAAGGUAUCCCUAUGGGCCUCCACCAGUAACUGACACAAACAGUGUAGCGCAAAACCAUCCCGUUCCCUAUGUACAUGAUAUACCGUUCGUCCUUGCUCCCCAAUUAUGUACAAAGUCAACUUUUGAUGAUACACAAACGCAAGUCGAUGGAAUAUUGGCUUUCCUAACAAGACAAAUGUCGGUCACCGAAGAGGAGGAAUAUAAUUUCUCUUUGGAACGGUCCAUACAAAAUGAGUGUUAUUAAUGUGCCAUAUAAUGGCGAAAGCAGUAUGGGUUUGUAUGUUCCGCAUUUCUACAAAAAUUCUCAAAAUAAAGCUUAUAUUUAAUUUUUAAAUAAAUGAAACUAAAAACCAAAAA